GGUGAGUUUUAUUUUCAAGUAACGCAUUCCUCACGGUACUAAUUUUGCGUUGGUUGUUAAUUUAAAAUGAAUGUAUUGCAGCGCUAUAAUGUAACGCUUUGUGUGCUGAUAGUAAAUGGCGCCAAAAUGUUGCCAGUGUUAUUUAUUCCAGCGUGACAGAAUGAUUUACUUUGCACUUUAUUCCUUUCUAUUAACUAUCCCAGUCAUCUUAAACGUGACACAGAAGUGUUUUCUGAAAAGCAGAAAAUGAAUCUUCAUGUCAUGGAGUUUAUUAAAGAGGAGCCUGAAGACUCGAGCGAUCCGGAUCCCUGCAGAGUGAAAGAUGAAGAAACCGAGCAACAAAUAGGCCUGAUGGAAGUGAAAGAGGAAAGCCAAGAACUGAAUGAAGUUGAGGACAACCAGCAUUUCCAGACACCUGAACAUUUUAUAUCUGAAGAAAAACCUUCAGUUUACUAUCAGUCUGAAAAUCUUUCACAAGCAGGACGCCUUAAAGAUCACAUUAAAAAUCAUACCAGGAAGAGACCUUUCACAUGCCACCAGUGUGGAAAGAGUUUCAAACAUAAAGGACGCCUUACCGUUCACGCAAGAGUUCACAAUGGAGACGAGCCUUUUACGUGCCAUCAAUGCGGAAAGAGUUUUGCAAAUAGAGGGAACCUUAAUGUUCACAAACAAAUUCACUCUAAAGAGAGACCUUUCAUUUGCCUUCAGUGUGGAAAGAGUUUCACAAAUCAAGAAAACCUUGAGUGUCACAUGAAAACCCACGCUGGAGAGAACCUUUUCUCGUGUUAUGAGUGUGGAACGAGUUUCACUAGUAAACUAACUCUUCAGAAUCACGUAAAAACUCACUCUGGAGAGAGGCCUUUCCCGUGCCAUCACUGUGAAAAGAGUUUCGACCAUAAAGGAAAACUUAAUAUUCACAUGAGGAGUCACACUGGAGAGAAGCCCUUCGUGUGUCCUCAGUGUGGAAAGAGGUUUAUUCACAGAGGACAUCUUAACGAUCACUUACGGAUCCACACCGGAGAGAAGCCGUACACAUGCACUCACUGUGGGAAGAGUUUCACACAUCAAGCAAGCCUCUCGUGGCACAUGAGGACUCACACCGAAGAAACUCUCAAGCGUUACAUGAGAAUCCACCCUGAAGGGAAUCCUUUCAAAUGUCAUCAAUGUGGAAAGAGUUUCCUUCACAGAGGACACCUUAACGAUCACCUAAGGGUUCACACCGGAGAGAAACCGUUCACAUGCCCUCACUGUGAAAAGAGUUUCAGUCAUAAAGGAUACUUUCACGUUCACUUAAGGAUUCACACCGGAGAGAAACCAUUCACAUGCCAUCAGUGUGGAAAGAGCUUCACGCAUAAAGGAAGCCUGAAGUGGCACAUGAGAAUCCACACUGAAGGGCUUUUCACUUGCGGCGAGUGCGGGAAGAGUUUCGCCUAUAAAAGGAAACUUCAGAUUCACAGAAGAAUUCACACCGAAGAGAACCCUUUAACUUGCCUUCAGUGUGGAAAAAGAUUCACGUGUCACAAAAAGUUUAAGUGUCACAUGAAAACUCACUCUAAAGACAACCUUUACUCGUGCAAUCAGUGUGGAAAGUGUUUCAAUCAAAGAGGACACCUGAAUGAACACAUGAGGACUCACACCGGAGAGAAGCCGUUCACAUGCCAUCUGUGUGGAAAGAGCUUCAGUCAGAAAGGAACCUUUAACAUCCACCUACGAAUUCACACGGGAGAAAGACCGUUCACGUGCCAACAGUGUGGACAGAGUUUCAGUAAGAAAGGAAACUUGAAUGUGCACGUGAGGACUCACUCUGCCAUCAACCUCGCAUGCCAUCAGAGCGGACAGAGUUUAAUUCAACAAGCACACCUUAAUGAUCACAUAAGACUUCACAUUGUAGACCGACCGUUCACAUGCCAUCACUGCAAAAAGAACUUCAUUCAUCGAGGACACCUUAAUGAUCACCUGAGGAUCCACACCGGAGAGAAGCCUUACGCGUGCCAACAGUGUGGGAAGCGUUUCACACAUAAAGGAAGCCUCACGUGGCACAUGAGGACUCACAGUGAAGCGGAUCUUAUUCAAUGCCGUCAAACCGAGAAGAAGUUUACAAAAAAUGCAGAUGUUGAGAGUCAGAAGAGAACUUGCACCGUAGAGAAGCCUUACGCGUGCCAACAGUGUGGAAAGCGUUUCACACAUAAAGCAAGCCUUAAGUGGCACAUGAGAACUCACGCUGAUGAGGAGCUUUUCACAUGCCACCUGAGUGAGAAGAAAUGUACAAGUGAUGUAGAGAGAAGAAUUCGCUCUGGAGAGAAGCCUUACGCGUGUCCUUUGUGUGAAAAGAGUUUCAGUCGUCAAGCCAUCCUUCAGAGUCAUGUAGAAACUCACUUUGAAGAGAGUCCUUAAAGCUGCUGUAUGUAAUUUUUGACUAAAGCAUUACAAUAGCGCAAUAUGUUUGCAGAUAUUUAGGAAACAUGCUAAUUCACAUACUUGUUUCUAGGGCUGGGCGAUAUAUCGCAUGCGAUUGUAACGCGCAUUUCGUCAGUAAAGCCGGUUCCCUGAUUAGCGGUAAAUCUCCAUCACCUGCUUUCAGAUGGAGUGGCAUUUAAUUCACAGAACCGUAGUUUGUCAUUGAUCUAUGGCUCUGUCUAUUAAAUACCGCUCCAUUUGAAAGCAGGUGAUGUAGAUUUAGCAGUAAUUACAGAACCAGAUUUACUGACUAGAUACGCAUGAUCGUUGCGUUCAAUAUAUCGCCCAGCCCUACUUAUUUCUCUGAAAAACAAUACUACGGCCAAUAUUACAUUGUCAAUACUACAUACUGCACCUUUAAACAUGUCCUCAAUGUAGAAAGAAACCUCUUUGAACUACUCAUAACUUUAGGAGAAACAAGGCAAUUUGUCUUUCCUACUAUCACCUUAUGAAGGACUUCCUUUUGGCUUGUGCACUGUGGGUAUAAUAACAAAUAACUUUUUUUAUGAAGCUCUAAAUGGAACUGUUUAGUGGUGACGUAUGGUAGAUGUUUCUUCAGUAUUUUCUGUGAAGCUUUGAAGCAGUGUACACACUACUAUUAUAUAUGAAAAGCUCUGUAAAUCAAACUGACUUGGCUUACACAUUUUUCUUGCAUUAAAUACGUUUUAUACGGUA